AUGAAGGGUGUAGAUAGCCCGCCAACUAGUAAGGAAGGAAUGACAAAUAAACCAAUAGUAACAUGCGCGGGAGAUUGGAAUUUGUUUUGUUCUCUGGAAGCUCCCUUGGUUGCCGCAAUUCCUCAAGAUUCCUGUGAAUGGAGGAGGUCGUUUGGGCGCAUUACUAAAUUUGUUUACUUGGAGGCUUCAUUUGUCAAAUAUAAUAAAGACAAAGUACACUCUGAGCUUAAUUUGUUAAAACGUCCUAUAUUGCAUAUUUAUUGGACUGAUUGUGUGGAUAUAGAAUAUUAUAAAACAACUCUUAGAGAAGAUAUAGAAGGAUGGUUCAAACAACUAGAGAAAAACAAUAUAACAGACUGGAUGAUAGUUUUAGUGGAAACAUAUGAUAUUAGAAAAACUAACAAAUUAUUACCAAGGACUACAGUUCUGGACAAAAUUAAGGGAGAUUUUGCUGUGAAGCAGACUGAAGAUAGGUUUAUUUCUGUAAUAAACCCAAUAAAAUCUGAAGCCAGGAGUGCAGAGUCAUGGAGGGCAUUAGUGGCAAAAUUAAGACAUUUAGUUUUAGUUUCCUAUAAUAAGACAUUAAAUAAGUUUGAGGAGUAUAUGCGGGAACAGAGAGAGAAGCGGAAUGAUCCAGAAUGGGAUUUUUGUAAAUAUUUUAUUUUGCAGGAGCAAUUAGCAUUUGUAUUAGAAAUGCUUGGCUUAUACGAAGAAGCUUUAGUGCAAUAUGACGAGCUAGAUGCUUUAUUUUCUCAAUUUGUACUCAAUUCUAAUAUAACAGAGAGUCCAAAGUGGCUUGACACAUUCAAGCAACAGAUAACAUCGUGGCAAGCCAUUAGACUAAUACCAACGGUACCGCUGCAUUUAAGGGAACUAAUCAUUAAACGAAAAGCCUCUCUAUUAGACUUUAGAAGUUAUUUAUUUCAACGACAAAGUGCCAUGCUUUUACUUACAGAGAAGCCAGAAGAGGUCGCAUCGCGGUGUAUAAGUACAGUACAUAAUACUCUAGUAGAACUAUCUUUACUUGGCGCUCCGUCAAUAGAAGGUGCUGCUGCAUCUUGGGCGCACCUAGCCUGUGUUGAAACUCUUCGUGUGUGUGAAGCGUGUACCGAUAUGCAAGCACCACUGUUACACAAUGCUAAAGACAAGCUACAUGAACUAGGCAAGUUGUGUGGCCUGCUUCCCGGUUCGCCUGAACCAACAUCGGAACAACUCCACUUAGUUGUCAUGCUGUCAGCUGGAAUGGGGGACACGGAGACAAAUAACAAGUCACCCACUGUGCGUCUAAAAGAAGCCCUAUGUAGCAGUACAGCCUUUCAACAAUACUAUCUAGAAUUGGCAGAGUUAGCCAUGGGGACAUAUAAACAUAUUGGCAGAUUGAGGUUUGCUCGUCAAAUAGGUAGGGAUUUAGCUGCAUUCUACUCAGAGUUGGGCGAGACCAGCAAAGCGGUUGUGUUCCUUGUGGAUGCAUUAAGAUCUUAUGAGGAACAGGGUUGGAAUGAACUCGCUGCGCAAACAAGACUCGAGCUGGUUGCAGCUGCUAAGAAAAUGAAUGAUUAUGAUAGAUAUACAACACUAUCAGCUAGAAUAGCAAGUACAGUGGAACUAGAGAUCCUAGUCAGAAACUUCUACUUUGAGGAGAUGAUAAAAUCAAUCAAACAAAACCUCACGGAAAAGGAAUCCGUUCAAACGGAGCUCAAUGAUUGUUUUCAUUUAAUAGCUACAAGUUUAUUGCCGUCCGAACGUGGAUAUAUAACUGAUAGUAAGGUGCAGUGUCGUGUUGUCAUCGAGAGCUUUCUCCCAAGAGAUGUCGUGUGUACAAGGGGCUCAAUUUGCCUGGAUUCAGAAUCGCAGAUAGACAAAAAGACGCCGGUAAAAAACAAUAAGACUGAUGUAAGUGUAGGAACACAGGCUAGUCCGAAGAAGUCUAGUGAUGAUAUUGAUCCUAGUAAUUUUGUUACGAGUAUAAGACUGGACGAAUUAAAACCGAAGAACCCUCUACUAGAUCCUAUGCACAUAACAUCAAAACUGCACUACAAAGAAGACAAGUCUCUACAAAAAGCUACCAUAGAAUGUCAAAAUCCAAAAAUGAUUUUGAAAAGAUCUGAUAGUGGUAAAUACCGCAAACCGGUACCACCAGCCAGGCCUAACUGUGAAAUGUGCUUAUUUUGUGACAAUAUAACUAUAAAGCCCGGAGUUAAUGAAAUAAUUUUUGAAUGUUUGCCGAAGAAAUGUGGUAUCUUUAGAGUUGGGGUGAUGUGUUUGUCGGUGGAGGGAAAAAUAGAGUUUAUAUCUGAUGUGCUAUUGAGCACUAAGUUGGGUUUCGAAGUGGUCACCCAAGGGGUGACUGUUUACUUAAAUAAGGUUGAACCGAAGAAGGAUUUAGUCGCUGGGUUGGAACAUGAUAUGGAGCUGGUGGUGACAAAUGGCAGUUCGAGAUUGCAAGAGAACACAACAAUACACCUCAGAGCAUCGACCGGUCUCCACCUUCGCUACGGUGUCAAUUCUCUUCUAUCCCGUGAGCUGACAAUUCCAGUGGAUGCCUCAGAACCAUUUCACACGACGAAGAUACCUCUUCGUUUGUUUGCUGUUCUUAUGCCAAAAAGAGAGAAGAAUAUUGAACAUACUGUGUGGCUAACCUGUCCAUGGUUAGAUUCUGUUAUGGAGGUACCUUUACACUUCUCUCCUCCAAUGAUAUCAGCUUGGAAACUCCUCACAUCCAAUACAAGGAAGUUCGUUCACAUUACCCUCAAAUCGACAGUCGGCCAUCUUGUUCAGUUAGUGCUGAGCGAGCCAAAGUUAGAGUGUGACGGCAACACAACCGUUUCUGACUUGAAUCCAAAGGCCAGUGGUAAUUUGAAAGUAUCUUCAGAUGGUACAACUGCGUCAUUUAUGUGGGAGCUCCUCAAGGACCCGCUAGUCAAAGCAGGGCCCAUGAAAGCGACGUUCACAGUUCAAUAUCGUUUAGAGAACGAGGAUAUUUCCAGGACCUUCACCUGUCCAUUCGAUGUGCAGGACUGUACAACGCUGUUUGUUAUACGAACUAAGUUGGAGCCAGGCAAGGGUUCGGAUUUCUGCAGAGCUAGCCAAGUUUGCUGCUUGCAUUUGAGUGUGCAAAGGGUAAAUGAAACGGAGUAUACAUCACUGAUGUACGAAGUGCUAGCGGAUCAGACUACGUGGGCGGUGUUAGGAAGGACUGCCGGAGUAAUAACAAUGGAUUCUAGUACGGGUGAGCCACAGAACGUAACGCUAGACGUGAUGCCUCUUGUGGCAGGUUAUCUGCCGUUGCCAACUGUCCGUUUGUCUAAGUACAUCGCAGCCAAUACCAAAGAUCUGAAAAAGGAUAUAUCCACACACCCUCGUUUAGAGCCGUUUAGUCCUGGGCAAGUGUACCAUGCUGGGAAGACCAAACAGGUUCACGUCCUCGCCCCGGCGCCUAAAGAGCAUCUAGACAUCACUGUUUGA